UUAAUAUUACAAUUAUUACAGUUAUAAACAAUACAAGCAAACAUGAUUAUAUUUGAUCAAUUAAUAUUAUUUUAAGUUUAUUGAGUAAAUUGAGUAUUUGUUUGGCACGUAACACAUCUGCAUGCUGAUUCCCGCGUCGUUCACGCCCUCUUUUCUCUCGCGGGCUUGUGAUUGGUCGGACCUACACGGUAUUUAAAAUCCUCGACAGUGAUUGGACAGUCGCUUACACAAGCGCUUGUGUAAGGCGGCUGCAUUGAAGUUGUGUAAGGAGCGAAUAUAUACACCGUACACAACAGAAAACACACAUCAUUUACAGUCAAGCCACGGACAGGAAAGCCUGAGAGCGUGAGUAUCCACUGUAAUCCAGCUCAGUCAGCACGACAGGUGGAGAUGAGGAUGUGGUGGGCGUGUCUUCUCGGUUUGGGUCUGUCAGCUCUCUCUCAAGCUCAGCCCAUGUUCUCCGUCACCACGGAUACGGUUCUGCCCCCUGAUGCUCUUCACAACCCCACCCAGCGGAAUUAUGGGAUGGCGGUGACGGAUGUAGAUGGAGAUGGGGAUCUGGAGGUGGUGGUGGCCGGGUAUAACGGCCCAAACCUGGUUCUGAAGUAUGACCGUACCCAAAACAAGCUCGUGAACAUAGCGGUGGAUGACCGCGCUUCUCCUUACUACGCGCUGAGAGACACGCAGGGAAACGCCAUCGGAGUGACGGCCUGCGAUGUGGACGGAGACGGCAGAGAGGAGAUCUACUUCCUCAACACCAACAACGCCUACUCAGGUCGGGCGACUUAUGCAGACAAACUGUUCAAGUUUCGUAACGGUCGCUUCGAGGAUCUGCUCGGCGAUGACAUCAACGUGCGCAGGGGAGUGGCCAAUCGCAUGGCGGGACGCUCCGUGGCUUGUGUCGACAGAAAGGGAACAGGUCGUUACUCGAUUUACGUGGCGAACUACGCCAGCGGUAACGUCGGUCCGCACGCGCUCAUAGAGAUGGAUGAAGCCGCCAGUGACGUCGAGAAAGGCAUCAUUGCGCUGUCUGAUGUUGCGCCACAAGUCAACGUCAAUAAGUACACAGGUGGCCGUGGUGUAGUUGUCGGUCCAAUCCUCAGCGACGCAAGGUCUGACAUUUUUUGCGACAAUGAAAAUGGAGCCAACUUCCUGUUCAAGAACAAGGGUGACGGAACUUUCACAGACGUGGCCGCCGAGGCAGGAGUUGAAGACAGAUAUCAGCACGGGAGAGGUGUGGCGCUGGCCGACUUUAACGGUGAUGGAAAGACAGACAUCGUUUAUGGCAACUGGAACGGCCCACACCGCCUCUACCUGCAGGACGGCCAGCAGAGAUUCAAGGAUGUCGCCACACAGGCCUUCGCCACUCCGUCACCCAUUCGCACCGUCAUCGCUGCUGAUUUUGACAACGAUCUUCAGCUUGAAGUCUUCUUUAAUAACAUCGCUUACCAAGGAAACGCCCCCAACAGAAUCUUCAGGGUGUCGAGGAAGCAGAACUCUGACCCUGAGAUCACAGAGCUGGAUGUGGGCGACGCCUCUGAGCCUCAGGGGAGGGGCACAGGCGCCACAGUGACAGACUUUGACGGUGACGGUCUGCUGGAUCUGUUGGUGGCUCACGGGGAGAGCGCCUCUCAGCCCAUCUCUGUGUUUAAGGUCAACCAGGGCUCCUCUAGUAAGUGGCUGCGUGUGGUGCCGCGCACACGUUUCGGUUCGUUCGCUCGUGGAGCGAAGGUGGUGAUGUUCACGAAACACAGCGGCGCACACACUCGCAUCAUUGACGGAGGAUCAGGCUAUCUGUGCGAGAUGGAGCCUGUAGCUCACUUUGGGUUAGGAACCGAUGAGGCCACCAGCAUUGAAGUCUUUUGGCCGAAUGGUCGCUCCAUCGCUCGGCCGCUCGAGUCCACUGACAUGAACACCGUCAUUGAGGUCGCAUAUCCUAAUGAGGGGGAGGAGUCAGCGCUCACAUCUGACGCACAGGUAUGGAUGCAUGCAAAUGAGGAGGAGGAGUCAAUGCACACCUUACACAGCCAGUGUGGAGAGGGAUUCACAGUCAACACAAACGGCCGUUGCGUUGACGUAAACGAGUGCAGGCGUCUGCCAGCCCUGUGUCCUCACACUCGUCCGGUGUGCACCAACACAUACGGACACUAUAAGUGCAGCUCUAAGAAGAGAUGUGUUGAGGGCUACAAGCCCAGCAGAGACGGCCGAGCAUGUGUGGCUGUGGCCUCCCGGUACAGCAGCGUCUCUUCCUCCUCUCCCGUCUGUCCUGGGUUUCAUCUUCCUGAGCUUCUCCUGGUCUCAGUGCUGAGUGUCUCUGGAGGUCUGUCUCCGUGUCGUUGAGUCUCUGGAGGUUUUCUGUUCUGGUCUGUCAACACGAUGAAGACGGACCUCAGACUAAUCAGAUGAUGCACAUUCAGGAGAUCUUCAGAUGUACUUUCAGACCUCAAGAGACUGACUGAAACACAGCAGUGUUACUGCAUGGAUAUUUGUCUCCACAAAGAGAAGUCACAUAAGUUGAAGGGCUGAACUGGAUGAACUCGCGGUGUCAUGCUGAUGAUUGUGAUUCUCCAAACCUCACAUGUUGACACUUUACAAUAUUAAUAGGCUUUUGUUUAGUUAAAAAUGAUCAGUUAAUGAUGAGCAAGUACAUAACCAAUCAGUGUUCGAAACCUAGUUUUGAACUAGAAAUACUAGUUUGUACUUAUACUAGUACUUUGUCUUUGCGUAUCUGUAAUUCUGAAGUGAAUACUGAGCCCACACACAUACACCUCAAAACCUUAGAUUCAUCCGCGCUGAGGAGCCGAUGCACAACCCACGUAAAGAAGAACAUCUCAAACAGAGAUAUACAUAGCCUAUUAAUACCUUAAAAACUUAAUGGCAAAAAACAACGUCCUGUUUUACAUGAAAGCAUUUCUUUUUAGUCAAGUGUAAAAUGCCUUAAUAAAACCCUGUGCAGAAAAACACAUUUAAAUAAAAUGUGGAU